AUGUAUGGAAAUGUCGUGACUCGCGUGGCCACCUUGUCCUUGAAGAAUGGCACCAGCAGUAUGGAACAUUUGUGCGUACAGUGGUUUUACUACUCUAUUUCCUGUACUGAAGUUACGUAUUCAGGUCCUGAGGAGAUAACAAUCUUCCAUCCUGCUGCUCACGAGGCGAUGGAUGGGCCCGGUAACAACAACGUGCGGUUAGACUGGUACGAUCUACUCUACCCUCAUAUCUCCUCUAUAUUUACUCGAGAUCGCGAUCUGCAUAAUGCGCGCCGGAAAAUGUGGGAGCAUGCUUUGAGUAGAACAGCUCUCUUGGGGUACUAUCAGCGUAUUCUGCGGAAGGUGAAGACUCCUGAAAGCCUGGUGGCCGACCAAUAUUAUCGCCCAAUUAACAUCAAUGAGCUUAUGUAUUGGUUUGCAUUCGAUUCCAUGGGUGAUUUCGCUUUUAGCGAGGACAUUGGUAUGAUGAGAAACAAAGCAUGGCAAAAAAAUAUUUUCGUCCCAGCGAUCUGGAUCGCGCGACUAGGGUUUGCAUUCAUCCCCGGGCUGUGGAGAGUCCGAGAUUGGUUCCAAAUGCUUGCGUUCUGUGACCAAUGUAUGGAGCAGCGUAUGAAAAAGGAGGUUGAAAAUAGAGAUAUAGCAUCGUGGUUUAUUGACGAUUAUGUGCUUUGCGAAAAAACAAACCCGAAUCAACAUCGAUGGCUUAGUGGUGAUACUGCCACGCUCGUUAUCGCUGGAAGUGAUACGACUGCACCAAGCCUUAGCGUGGUAUUCUACUUUCUCGCGCUCUAUCCAGACCAUGCCGAGAAGGUCUACGCGGAGUUGUUGACCGUCAAUCGCACAGAUCAAAACGCCUUAGCGAGAUUACCCCAUCUUAACGGCACUAUCAACGAAUCAAUGCGUCUCUUACUGGCCGUGCUAACGUUUGGAUAUCGAGUCACGCCUCCAGAAGGCCUCACUAUUGAAGGGACUUUCAUCCCAGGUAGCACUAAAAUCUGUACGCCACGAUAUUCGAUUGGAAGACUUGAGUGUGCCUAUGAGCAACCAAAUGACUUUAUUCCUGAGAGAUGGUAUAGGCGGUGUGAACUUAUCAAGGAUAAGCGUGCAUUUGCACCUUUCGGAGUUGGUCGCACUGCCUGUGUUGGUAAGCACCUUGCCAUGGUACAAAUCCCCUCGGUUGUUACCAGUUUAGUCUCUCAGUAUCGCAUCGAAUUUGCCCCCGGCGAGAACAAUGGUGAAGCAGUUGAGAGAGAUAUGAAGGAUCAGCUUACUGCCCGACCAGGAAAAUUCCAUUUGCUAUUUAUGCCACGAUGA